CCCCUCUACACCUCCCCCUCUUCCUCUUAUUUCUCACCGCAUCUCCUCCACCACCUGCCACAGCAGCGACGCAGCGAUGGAGAGUCGUUGCAAAUGACCAUAAGCUCACGGAAGACCGCAAUUGAGAGUGGGUAAAAGAAAGACACGCGUAGGGAAAGACGGAUAAAGAGGAAGACACAGAAAGAGAGAGAGAGACACUGCGAGAGACACUGCGAGAGACACUGCGAGAGACACUGCGAGAGACAAGAGGAAACAGAAACAUAUGGUUUGUCUGAAGAGUGGCUGUUUCUGAGGACUGCUGAACCGGGCUGAAACUUAUUCAACCACCGUGAUCAACAAAAGCCACAUUUGAUUCAUCUAUUCCACGACUUAUUUGCCUUAUGUUUUGUGUGCUCUCACCUGUGUGAGUCUGUGCCUAUACCUCCCUGUGGGAUUAGUUUGUGCAGGGUGGAUUGCGGUUGUUGAACCUCCCUGAAUGCGCACACACACACACACACACACACACACACACACACACUGAUCACCACAAGACGCGGUGCAGCCUUACAACAUCUUCGUGCAAGGAGGAUAUUGAAUUAGACAAGUUAUUCCCACAGAAGAGAGGAACAAGAGUGGCUGGCUCUCUGAUUCCCUUCAUUUCCCUCGCUCAACGUGUCUCCUCCCGGGCCCAACAGUAGUCUCAUAGAGCCCCUAUCUUCUUCCACCUCCUCCCCCCCCCCCCCCACCCCCUGGUAACAAGCCAUGUCUGGACAUACUGUGACCAUCCCGGACGACCGGGCGUUCGCCAGCUUCAAGGCGGAGUGUCUGUGCGAGGAAGGCUGGAGUGUGAACCACAACAAGGGUGGCAUCACGGUGUUGACCCAGUGUCUGGAGGAGGGGAAGUCCAUCCACAAAAUGAAGUGUCGGAUGGUGUGUAAGGACGUGUCGGCUGAGAUCAUGUAUGACGUUCUUCAUGAUAUUGAAUACAGAAGGAAAUGGGACACAAACGUCAUUGAGACCUUCGACAUCGGAAAGCUUACGGUCAAUGCGGAUGUUGGUUACUACUCAUGGAAGUGUCCAAGUCCUCUUCGGAACCGCGAUGUCAUCACACUUCGCUCUUGGCUACCAAUGGGGAAAGAUUACAUCAUCAUGAACUACUCUGUCAAACAUCCCAAAUACCCUCCUAAAAAGGACAAGGUACGAGCUGUGUCCAUUCAGACUGGCUAUUUGAUCCAGAGCCAGGGACCGACCAACCACUGUACCCUCACUUACAUGGCCCAGGUAGAUCCACGAGGUUCGUUACCCAAGUGGGUUGUCAACAAGUCUUCCCACUUUCUUGCUCCUCGUGCGAUGAAGAAGAUCAACAAAGCCUGUUUGAAGUAUUCAGAGUGGAAGCAGAGACACAACCCUGGCUUCAAGCCCUGGCUCUACCCUGAACAGACUACAUUACCCAACAUCCCACUGUCUGACCUCAGCCUCCAGCGUGCCGAGAGCCUGGAGAAUAUUGAUGAGAGCUCCCUGGCUGAGACCAAGGAGAGAGAAGACAGCGACUAACACAUACUCACACUCAGUCAUGUAUUCAUACACACACAAACAGUAAUGCAGGGUUACAUGCAUGCCUGAUACAAAUCCAUAAUUACACUUAUGUAUAUGUGAUUCUAUAGGUGUGUAUGCACAGCAUAUGCAGGCAUACUUACUGCACAUGUAUGUAAGCAUGCAUGCACACAAACUCAUACUUGACCAACUCCAUAUAUACAUAAUGUAUGAACACAUACAUGCAACAUAGAUGCACUCACAGAUACACACCAUCCACUCACAAAGGGCACCGAAAACUACUUAUUUUUACAAGUCCGUAAACCCAUUUUCAUUGUAAUCACAAAAGCGGCUGUUAAUGUGAUUUUUCAUGCCUCUUAAAGGGAUAUCAAAGUUUUCUUAUCAGGACCUAUACAGGUUAUCCUAACACAAUUUAUUUUCAGUAAAAUACUGUUGAAAUGUUUACAGACUAACCAGAAAUUAUGAACAAAGGAUUUCAAAAUGAUCCUCCUUUAUCUGUGAGUUAUGUAUACGAUCCAGUAAAAAAAACAUCUCAGUUUAAGCCCUAUUGUUUAUGUAAACACAAGUACAUACCUAUGUACACAUACGGCUUAAUUGAUACUACUUUUAUGCACUCAGACAUGUAUACACACUCAGUUUGUGUCUUUCUGCCCAUGUUGUCUCUGUCACUCAUGUGUCUCCAUCACAUUUUGUAAGCACAUGAUAAAUAUGCAGAUGUGCAGAAGGCAGCUGGAACCCCCAACAUGCUACCCUUUCAUACACAGACAAACACACAUUCAGAUGUCACACACGUACUGUCUGCUCCUCUAAUUGAGAGAUGUAUGAAUGUAUUAAGAGUUUAAAAAUUAAAUCAUAUUCCUACAAAGGUUUUCAAAUUUCA